AUGCCUUUCGCGACAGAACUCACAAAGCGCCUGGGCAUCAGAGUGCCCGUCGUGCAAGGCGGCAUGAUGCACGUUGGCACCGCCGACCUCGCCUCGGCCGUUUCCAACGCAGGCGGCCUGGGCCUCAUCACCGCCCUCAUCUUCCCGACCCCCGAGGAACUUCGCAAAGAGAUCCAGCGCUGUCGCACCCUCACCAAGAACCCCUUCGGCGUCAACAUCACCCUCCUCCCGUCCAUGGUCCCUCCCAACUACGCCGCUUUCGCCCAGACCAUCAUUGACGAGGGUAUCAAGGUCGUUGAGACGGCCGGUAACUCACCUGGACCCGUCAUCACGCAGCUCAAGAAGGCCGGAAUCAUCGUUCUUCACAAGUGCACCACAAUUCGCCACGCGCAGAGCGCCGUUAAGCUCGGCGUCGACUUCCUCAGCAUAGACGGCUUCGAGUGCGCUGGUCACGUUGGAGAGAGCGACAUUACCAACUUCAUUCUUCUCAGCAAAGCGCGCCAAACCCUGGGUGUGCCCUUCAUCGCCAGCGGUGGCUUCGCAGACGGUUAUGGACUCGCCGCCGCGCUGUGCCUCGGCGCUUGCGGUAUCAACAUGGGAACGCGCUUCAUGUGCACCGUCGAGGCGCCUGUGCACAUCAAGGUCAAGGAGGAGAUUGUUCGCGCCCAGGAAACCGACACGACACUUCUUCUUCGACGAUGGACAAACACCACUCGGUUGUACAAGAACAAGGUUGCGAUGGACGCGCUUGAGAUUGAAAAGAAGAGCGAGUCGGGUGAAUUCGCAGAGGUCGCGCCGUAUAUGAGCGGUAAGCGAGGAAAGGAAGUGUUUAUCACUGGAGAUGUCGAUUUUGGCGUUUGGACAACAGGACAAGUUAUGGGUCUGAUCAAUGAUAUUCCCACAUGUGAUGUGCUCGUUAGUAGAAUUGAGAAGGAGGCUGAGACAGCCUUGAAAGAGAGACUCGCACUGUUGGUGCCAGAGUCCAAGUUAUAG